AUGGUCAUGCAUCCCCCGCAGACCUUAGAGGAAGCUGUCGACGCUUCGAACAAAUACAUCCAGGUCGAGGAGUGGAACAAAACCAAGUCCCAACCACAAAGUGGGACAGGUAAGGCAAAGGGACAUCAGUCUAAAGGCCAGGGCCAAAGGAAAGGGAAGGCGAAAGCCUCAAAACUUUCCUCGGCAGCUGAGCCGAAAAAAGACAAAACCCCAUUCGUAAGGAAAUAUGAAUCCUACACUCCUCUCGCUCUUCCUCGUGCUAAAAUCUAUAGCAUAACAAAGAACAACGAGAAGUGGAAGAAGCCGCAGGCGCCACCAUCGUGGCACCAAAGCAAAAACAAAAACAAGUGGUGUGAGUUCCAUGAUGCCCAUAGACACAACACCGAAGAAUGUAUCCAGCUGAAGGAUCAGAUCGAGGAUAUGGUCCGAAAAGGAUAUCUGAAAAAAUACAUCGCAGACCAUCGCGAGGAGAAGAAAGCCGAGCAAGACUCUCGGCAUCAGAUAGACUUUAGCCAGAAAAAAGACAAGCCGCAAGAUAAGGAGAAUCCUGGCAUACUUGUCAUUUCCGGGGGGAUGAGCUCUAGCAACGCUCGUAAGCGCCACUUGAGGGGUCUCACCCAUCAAGUCAAUCAUGCCUCCAUCCGAGGCCCCAAAUCUUUGGUUCCGAACAUUACGUUCACAGCUGAAUACUGCCGGGGGGUAGCAUACCCCCAUGAUGACCUGUUGGUGAUAAUCACAGGGAUUGCAAACCACAACGUCUGGCGAACCCUCGUCGACGGUGGCAGUGCAUCGAACAUCCUAUUUCGGGAUGCUUACAACCGUCUGAAGCUGCAAACCAAGGACCUUAGUCCGGUGCCCUACCCGGUCACAGUAUUUAACGGUUCUAAAACAUAUCCAGACGGGAAGAUCACCCUUCCCAUCACCAUCGGCAAAGACAAAGCAGCCAGAAACGUCAUGGCCAAAUUUCUGGUCAUAGACGUUCCAUCUGUCUACAAUGUGAUCAUGGGUGAUCCAUCAGGUCCAAGAAGUGGUCUCCACAUAUCAUCAAACGAUGAUAUACGUGUCGGACGAAGGCCACUCCGAAAGAAUUCAAGGGAGCCAAGAAGCUGCCCGAAAAUGAAACUACCACAAGCCAUCCAAGGAUCGUCGUGA